AUGUCGAAUACAGAAGAAUUUGUAAACACGCAGCCGCGAAUCAAAACACGUAAGUCCACUAAGUCAGACAUGUUGCCGAUGACAAUUACAUUAGCGCCGAUCGACUUAACGUCGAAUAACUUACCUUUAGCUUGGAAGAAGUGGCUUACUAAACUAAAAGUCUACCUAAGAGCCAACAAUUUAGAAGACGAAACAGACAGUAGAAAGGUAGCGAUUCUCCUUAAUUUCAUAGGGUCGGAGGCACUCGAGAUCUACUAUUCUUUUGGCCUAGACCUGGACGACUUGUCUUUCGAUGAUCUAUGCAAUAAAUUUGACAAUUAUUUCACACCUAAGAUUAACAUUACAGUCGAACGUCACAAACUUUUUAGUAGGAAACAGGCACCAAAUGAGUCAAUCGACACAUAUGUCACAGAUAUAAAGAACAUCAGUCACUCUUGUGAGUUUGGAGCACUCAGGGAGGAUUUAUUAAAAGAUAUUUUCAGCUGGAACUGUAACAAUCCAUACUAUAAAGAAAGAAUUUUGAUAGAAAAACCCAAGACGCUAGAUGAGGCUAUCAAUAUAGCCAAAAGGUGUGAAGCAACCAAGCAGCAAACUAAAGCUUUGGAGGAUGCAUCACUACACUUUAUAGGAAGAGUCUCAAGAUCCCCAUCCCGUCGUGAAGCAGCAAUACCAAGGAGCACAACAAGGUACCAACGUUCAGCAUCAAACACAUCAAAUUCAAGGAACACAUGUGAUAGGUGUGGACAAGUGCACAGGUACAAGUGUCCUGCAAAAGGUACUCAGUGUCGAAAAUGUAAAAAAUUCAACCAUUUUGUUCAUUUCUGUAGGUCUAAACUAAUAAAACGUGUCCAAUGUGAAGAAACAAAUAUGUUAGAAAAUAAUAAUAAUAAUUCCUUGUAUGUUGGGUCUAUUUAUUGUAUUCAAAAUAAUGAGUCGAAGCCAUGGAAUGUUGAUAUAUUGAUUAACCAUGUUAAUGUGAAUUUUAUCCUAGAUACAGGUGCAGACACAAACAUAAUAUCCAUACACACAUUUAACACACUAAACAUGUCGCAUGAUACUAUCUGCAGAAGUCCCAAUAAACUAUCUACAUUCAGUGGAGAGGUUAUACCUCUAGUAGGUCAAUGUCAGUUGCCAAUUACAUACAAAAGACAAUGUUAUACAGUUAAAUUUCAUAUAGUAGACAUAAAAUGCCAAAAUAUAAUAGGCAGAGACACAUGUAGGUCAUUAAAUCUAGUCAAAAAAGUAAAUAGUGUGUCCUUCCAGAUAAACUGUCAAGACAUAGUUAAGUCAAAUGCAGACUUAUUUGAAGGGCUAGGUUGUCUUGCAGAUUUUUACUGUGAGUUAACCUUGAAACCCAAUGCAACCCCGUUUAUAGAGGCGUGCAGAAGGGUACCAUUCCAACUACAACAACCACUAAAGCAAGAGCUGGAAGCCAUGGAGCAAAGUGGAGUUAUUCAAAGAGUCGAAGAGCCUACGGAAUGGGUUGAUUUGUUAGUUGUAAUUUUCAUACGUCCUGAAGUUGUUCAGUUCAGUUCUUUGGAGUUAAAAGAAGGUUGG